AUGGCAGUUGCUACCAAGAGCCAUCCUGCAUUACAGCAAAAUCAUCAGCCUCAUAUGUUUGAUUGUGCUUCCUCAGCUUACUUGCAUAUGCAGGCAGAAGCUACUGAUCAGACAAUCAUCCUUUAUGGCACUAGUCAAGGAUCGCCAGCCCUAUCGAUACUAGAAGCCACCUGUCGCCACCUGGCAGAUCUUGGCCGUAGUGACGAUAUUGGUAACAAUAGCGGCCAAAAGCGCAAAGACAUUGCAUUGCAAAUACAUCGAUCCCAUGCUAUUCUUCAAGCAUUCACUGGCAUAACAGACGUGCAUGGCCACGGGUUUGAAACCCACGCCCUUGAUUCAAUUUCGACUACACCACCCACAUCAUCACCUACAGGAUGCAUCCAAUAUAAUGAACUUCAGUUUGAUACCAACCAUCAAGUUGUUGGAAUCAAAUUCAUUCCCUAUCUACUGCAGUCGGCGCAUAUCUGGUCCACACCUGGCUGCAACUUCACUAUACUGUACAGUUUGAUCGAGGGAGCAAUGCACGAAGAAAGAAUACACUGGGGCAUAGAUAAGCCAAAAAAUCAACACGACAGUACUUCACGGCAUCAACCCACCGUUGUACGCAAUUUCAAGUAUACUGCUGGGUCAGCAAAUAUGGGCCCAGCCAAACUCGACCAGCUUGAAGAAAAGUUUACUCAACUUCGGACACAUCUCAAACAUGUUGGUAUUUCCUCUCGAAUUCAGCGUGAUAUAUUUUCAAUUCUGGCUGCCAUUCUUCAUUUGGGAAACCUUGUAUUCCAAAAAAACACUGUGGGGGAUCGUGAGGCGACUGCAGUCACAAACCCUACAGAUCUAGCGAUUGUUGCAAAAUUACUGGCUGUGGAUACUGUGUCACUUGAAAAUGCAUUGACAUUACAAACUCGAUUGUUUAAUGGUGAAUCCAUUCAAGUCCAUUUGAAUCUGGAUGUAGCAGGUAAACAACGUGAUGCCUUGUCCGAGGCGCUUUACUCCGUACUGUUCAGCUGGAUCGUGGAGCAUCUAAACUCUCAGCUAUGUAAACAAGAGCAAGAAUGGGAAAACUAUAUUGCUGUUUUGGAUGUACCUGGAUUCGAUUUCAAAGCACACCAAAUGAGCAAUAAUCAGGCUGUUGGAACAAGAAGCUACUACCAAUUCAUGAACAACUUCUCCAACGAGCUUGUGCGCGAGCGCCUUUGGAAACCAAAUUACAAGCAUGCCGAGCUCGAGUAUAUCAAUAUAAACAGGACAAGAAACUCUUUGUAUGAACGUAGUGAUUCAAGCCUUUUAGAUAUUCUCAUGAGUGAACCAUUUGGUAUCAUACCACUUUUAAACACCGAAACAACUUGUGGAAGCGAGUCAACCAAUGACAGUGCAUUUUUGGCUAAUUGUGCACAUCGUUAUAAUGGUAUUUCGCAGUUUCAGAUUCCAUCUACGCCAAAUGCAAGCUUUAAAAUUAGACACUGUGACGGCAUUUCAGAAUACACUUCCUGUGACUAUAUGGUUCAAGGAUGGACAUUAUUAAACACAGACCCGGUUCAGUCUAGAUUUGUUUCGCUGUUUAGAGGAUCGCUGGAUCACUCGGGAACUAAAAACGAGUUUAUUCGACUACUGUUUGAUCAGCAUGUUUUGCUACGACAAUCCAACGAAAAUACCUCAACAGUACAAACUCCUCGUGGUCUGACACGAGGUCCAUCCAUGCGACGACAAGCCAUUACACAACCCAAAAUGCCACGAUUGCAUCACAAUGAGCCAAAAGUAGCCGACUUGGAGUCCACCGUUGCUCAUCAGUUUAUAAACGAAUACGCUGCACUUUUGGAUGUAAUUUCCACUACAAAGCAAUGGAGUAUAUUUACCAUUACUCCAUAUACAUACCAGUCGAGAUCAGACGACUGGAAUGAACACUACAUCAAGAAACAGCUGCAACUGACUCCCAUUCUUGAACUCUCCCAAUCAACUGUAUCUUUAUAUUCGUCAAUGCUAACAUACUCGGCUUUUGUAAAGCGAUAUGCGACUGUGCUCACUAAACAUGAUAUAUCCACACAAAAACAGAGCUAUCGUGACGCAUGCACCAAACUAAUAGAGUUGAUGAAAUGGCAGCAGAUUGAUGCUGUCUGCGUUAGGUCUGGGAUAUAUCUCUCUGAAAAGUCUUGGCGACAUUUAGAACAAGAUUUGCUGGAACUAGCAAAACCUGGCGCUAAUCAGGUGGAUAUAAUUGAAUGGGUUUCUGGUACGGAAAAUUGUUUUUUGGAUCCACAUACAAGAGCAUCGAUUGCCGAAUGGAUUUCAACCGAUGCAGUUUUAGAACAGAUACCACAUGAAAGAUCAGAUACAUUCAAAAGCAAUCAGACUAGGGAUGACAAGGAUACAUUCGAGGAAAGUGUAUCUGGAUCGUUUGUUGGCAAGGAUUCAGCCGAAACUGAGCGUGGAAUGAUCACACGUGGGCGUGUGCACUCCACUUCCACACUUUUGAAUCACAUUAUUCCAUCCAAAUGGCAGCAUGACUCAAUGCUAAAGCAGUCGGACACGAAACAACGUGAAAGGCGCAAAAAUAACCGUCUCGGUAAAUUUAAUCGCCUGUCACUAAGAAAUCCACUUUGUUCUGAGGAUACACCCAUUUCCAAAACUCGACGUAACUGGCUAUGUUGUACUUGGUCACUGACAUGGUGGGUUCCUUCCUGUAUAUUAUCAUGCUGCUGCGGUAUGCGAUUUCGUAAUCAGAAAGUUGCAUGGAGAGAAAAAGUUGCCAUGUUUAUUCUUAUAGCAGCCAUGAAUGCAAUGAUUUUGCUUUUCAUUAUUGGUAUUGGUCCUGUUUUGUGUCCACGUCGCAACGAGCUUUCACCUGGUGAAAUUUCUGCUUUAACUGAGCUAGAUCCCAAUUCUGCCACUGUCUAUAUGUACGGCAACUAUUAUAAUGUAUAUGCUAUAGCCAAUGAUCAUUUGAUGAAAGGCCGACCUUUGUCACAAAGCAACUAUUGGAAGAUGAACGUGAUGGGUCAAGAUGUAAGUGCCAGUUUUCAAAGGACAGUGUGUGGUCGUCUUACUGCCCAGCAUUCCCCAAACCAUCCAGUCAGUUUCAACUUUUUCCCGGCGGCUCUUUUGGUCUCAAAAACCCAUUAUGGUAUAUUCACAAUCGCCCCAAUGCCACGCGCGAUGUGCUAA